CUGGUCCCCGCUGCAGCAUCCCCGGGCCCAGCCAUGGACGCAGCAGAGCCGGGGCUGGCCGCGGCCCCCGAGCCCAGGAAGCGGUACAGUGACAUCUUUCGCAGUUUGGACAACCUGGAGAUCUCACUGGGGAACGUGGGCCUUGAGACGCUGCCUGGGGACCCCGGACUUCCAGGAGACCCCGAGCCUGACCAGGCCUCUGCAGCCAUAGAGGAUGCUGGAGCAUGUUGGAGCAGCGCCCCCACAGAGAGCCCCGCCCCCCUGUCAGGAGAGGACCUGGACUUGCGGCUCAUUCGGACCGAAGGCGGCGUGGACGCCGCCCUGGAGUACGCCAAGACCUGGAGCCGCUACGCCAAGGAGCUCCUGAGCUGGACGGAGAAGCGAGCCGGCUAUGAGCUGGAGUUCGCCAAGAGCAUCGUGAAGCUCGCCGAAGCCGGCAAGGUCUCCAUCCAGCAGCAGGGCCACAUGCCGCUGCAGUACAUCUACACCAUGUUUCUGGAACAUGACCUCAGCCUCGGGGCCCUGGCCAUGGAGACCCUGGCCCAGCAAAAGCGAGACUACUGUCAGCCCCUGGCCGCCAAAAGGAUCGAGAUUGAGAAAUGGCGCAAGGAAUUCAAGGAGCAGUGGGUGCGAGAACAGAAGAGAAUGAACGACGCUGUGCAGGCGCUGCGCCGGGCCCAGCUGCAGUACACGCAGCGCUGUGAGGACCUGCGGACGCGCUGCCAGGGCUCCCCGGAGGAGCCGGGGCCCCAGGCCUCGCCAGGACCCAGCAAGCAGCAGGAACGGCGGCGACGCUCGCGAGAGGAGGCCCAGGCUAAGGCGCAGGAAGCAGAGGCUCUGUACCAGGCCUGCGUGCGCGAGGCCAAUGCGAGGCAGCAGGACCUGGAAAUGGCGAAGCAGCGGAUCGUGUCGCAUGUGCGCAAGCUGGUCUUGCAAGGGGACGAGGUCCUGCGGCGGGUAACCCUAGGCUUGAUCCGGCUGCGCGGGGCACAGUCCGAGCGCAGCCCCCGCGCCUUCGCAGCCUUGGCCGAGUGCUGCGCGCCCUUCGAGCCUGGCCAGCGCUACCAGGAGUUCGUGCGGACGCUGCGUCCCGAGGCUCCGCCACCCCCGCCGCCCGCCUUCUCUUUUCAGGAGUUUGUGACCAUUGGACACAGCUCGCCUGUGGACACCAGGAGAAGGCCCUCGGGCCCCCGGCCUCCCAGGUUGGAGGAGAGCCCUGCCGAGCCGGGUCCGUGGGAGGACUCCAGCUCGUCCUGCAGCAGCUGGCCAGGCCCCGCAGGCCCCACUCCGGGCAGCGAUGUGGACAGCGUGGGCGGCGGCAGCGAGUCCCGGUCCCUGGAUUCUCCUACGUCCAGUCCAGGCCCUGGCCCACGGCGCCUGGUGAAGGUCACAUCCACGGGUACCGAAUCCUCGGAUGACUUUGAGGAACGAGACCCGGACCUGGCCGAGGGGCUGGAGAACGGGCUGGGCGGCGCGUUCAGGAAGUGGACGCUGUCCCCGGCGGCUCAGACGCACCGGCUGCGGCGGCUGCGGGGCCCGGCCAAGUGUCGCGACUGUGACGCCUUCAUGGUCAGCGGCAUCGAGUGUGAGGAGUGCUUCCUGACCUGCCACAAACGCUGCCUGGAGACCCUGCUGAUCCUCUGCGGACACAGGAAGCUCCCAGCCCGGACGCCUCUCUUCGGGGUUGACUUCCUGCAGCUGCCCAGGGCCUUCCCGGAGGAGGUGCCCUUCGUGGUCACCAAGUGCACAGCCGAGAUUGAGCACCGUGGCCUGGGUGUGCAGGGCAUCUAUCGGGUCAGCGGGUCCCGGGUCCGCGUGGAGCGGCUGUGCCAGGCGUUUGAGAACGGCCGCACGUUGGUGGAACUUUCUGGAAACUCGCCCCAUGAUGUCUCCGGAGUCCUUAAGCGAUUUCUGCAGGAGCUCACCAAUCCCGUGAUACCAUACCACCUGUACGAUGCCUUCAUCUCUCUGGCUAAGACCUUGCAUGCUGACCCCGGGGACACCCCGGGGACCCCCCGCCCCCGCCCUGACGCUGUCCACUCUCUGAAGACCCUGUUGGGACAGCUGCCCGACUCUAAUUACAACACCCUCCGGCACUUGGUGGUCCAUCUGUUCAGGGUGGCCGCCAAGUGGGAAGAAAAUAAGAUGUCCGCCAACAACCUGGGCAUUGUGUUCGGGCCGACGCUGCUGCGGCCGCCGCAGGAGCCGUGGGCGCCCGGUGCCAGCCCCACCGCCUGCCUGCUGGACUCGGGCUACCAGGCACAGUUUGUGGAAUUCCUCAUCAUGUACUACGAGCACAUCUUUGGAAUGGAUGAGCUGCCCCAGACCCCCGAGCUCCCGUCCCAAGACCCCAGCCCAACGCCCACGCCCCCCAGCCUCACCUCAGAGCUGAAUCCCCACGGAGCCUUGGAGAAGCUUCCAGAUGCCACAGCCUCCGAGAUCCCAGCUGUGCACGGGGCGCUGGGGCAGGAGCUGGCAGAACACGCCGAGGCCGUGGAGGAAACCACCAUCACCACCACCCAGAACCCCGAGGACUCCUUCCUGGGCACGCAGUCCCGCGGCCACUUCAGCCGGCAGCCAGUGAAGUAUCCCCGAGGGGGCGCACGGCCCGUUGCCUGCCAGCCGUCCAGCUUGGCCGCGGGGACCUCCAGGCUUCCCGAGGAAACCCCUGCGGUCCCGGCACACCUUGGGAGUUUUCCAAGAAGGGGGCUUGGCCCGGAGGGCAGCCCCCUGCUGCGCCGCGCCCCACUGCCCAAACAUAUUAAGAUGACACACGAAACCGCCCGGCUGCUCUCCAAGCUGGACGCUGAGGCCACAACCAAGGCUGCCUGCUGCGCCGACCCCCUCCAGCCCGGGGAAACCCAGGAGGAGCGCCUCUGACCGCCGCUGGACGCAGGAUUGGAAAGACGGACUCGUGUCUUCCAGCCCGCCACCGUCU